AUGGCUACAGUCAUCAUGUCGCACCAACCUUUUGGAUCUAGCCCAAGCUCGGCAUAUGACCCUUACUUCGCUGCAUCUUACUCCUCAGCUUCCUCAUCCUCUUCGUGCCACUACGCCUCGUCAUCGUCUUCACCCUGCACCACUCCACCUCCUCCCACCGCGCCAGCAACAGCAGCAACAGCAGCAGCAGCGCUCGGUGCUGCCUCCAUGAUGUGUGGCUCGGCAUGCCCCGAGGACUCGCUGCCGUUUGUGGUGCUUGUGGUCGAUGACAACCCGAUCAACCGCAAGGUGCUCACUAUCCCGCUUCGCAAGCAGGGCAUCGAGGUGGUCGAAGCCGAGAAUGGACUUGAAGCAGUACAACGAUAUGCGCAGGUUCGCCCUGCACUGGUGCUCAUGGACAUCUCGAUGCCCGUCAUGGACGGAUUCGAGGCUACACGCCAGAUCCGAAUGCACGAACAGGCGCAGUCCUGCAACCCACCCGAUCUCGAGGGCGCAGGUGCGCUCAACGAGGUGAUCAGCAUGGUCCUGACACACCAGAGAGCGCGCAUCGUGGCAGCCACGACUCAUUCGUCCGACCGCGACUUCGACGAAGGCAAGCAAGCCGGAAUGGACGACUGGAUGCUCAAACCGAUCCGACCGAGUGUACUAGUGCAAGACAUUUUGGAAUACCGACGGAACCAUCUGCAAGAGUUCGCGGCCACCUUGGGUGCGCUGGGCGUUGCAGGUGUCGGUGUGGCCGCAGGCGAGGCGGCCGUCGAGAUGGUCAUGGAACAGGCUGGCACUCCCAACGCCGCAGUCGCGGCGACCAUCGCCGCGUGA